UGGGGUUUAGGAACAAAAGCCAGAAGAGGGCCCGCACGCCCUGACGGAGAGAGGGGAGAGCCAUCACAGAAAGGGCGAACUGCCGGAGUCCAGCCGUGAGCUGUGUGGGGCAUUGACUCCCGGCUCUGAUACCGAGAAGAGACCCAGGGCAAGCCAACCGCAAAGACACCAUGGGCAUCGUCCUGAGCCGAGUCUUCCAGGCCCUGUUCGGGUCGAAGGAAGUCCGCAUCCUCAUCCUCGGUCUGGACAACGCGGGAAAGACGACGAUCCUGUACCGCCUGCAGAACGAGGCCGACGACAACAUCCAGACCAUCCCGACGAUCGGCUUCAACGUCGAGACGCUACAGUACAAGAAUAUUAAGUUUCAGGUGUGGGAUCUGGGCGGACAAACAAGCAUUCGGCCUUACUGGAGAUGCUACUACCCAAACACCGACGCGAUCGUGUUCGUUGUGGACAGCUCGGACCGAGAGCGGAUGGCCAUCGCGAAGCAGGAGCUCAUGGCCAUGCUAGAGGAGGAGGAAUUGAAGGACGCAAUAUUGUUGGUGUUUGCCAACAAGCAGGACCAGCCGGGAUCCCUCACCUCGACGGAGGUGUCGGAAGCACUGGGGCUGCCAGACAUUCGCAACCGGCAAUGGUCGAUCCAAGAGGCGUCGGCACUUAAGGGGAAGGGGCUGUUCGAGGGCUUUGACUGGUUGGUAACUUGCAUCAAGGGCGGAGAAGCCUGAUUUGCCGCUACAGGCAUCGUUGGUGGUACUGGGCUUUCUGUGGGCCGAUUUAAAAGUGGAGGGGGCGCGGGGGCGAGAGUGCGACGGCAAGGACGUGGUCAUCGUUCUUGGCAGAAGAAUCUGAAGGCGUUUCCCUUAGUGCGGGGACGAGGGGGUGGGGGGAGUGCAUCCGUUCUCAAGCGAGAUGGCAGUUUGUUCGGGUGAUCGUGCGAAAGGCGUGCUGCUGCUGCUACUGCUGCUGCUGCUGCCACUCCUGCCGCCAUUGGGGUAGCUUGUAGUGAUGGAACUGCUACGGGUUUUGUUGGGGUAGCUUCUAAUGGUGAAGAGCCGCUGCUGCUGCUCUUGUUGGGGUGACUCUGCUGCUGCAUGGUGAUGCCGCGACCGCCACCCAAGUUGAUUGGUUACUCAACUUGUGCUGCACAGAGAGAGAAGGAGUCGAACAGGCUGCCGCUGACCUCGUGCGGAGACAGGUGGCGGCAGAACACUGGGAUCAACGAAUAUUUGCGCAUAGCAUCUGUGCGACGACGGCUGCUGAAGCGCUCCUCUUUUGUACUGGUAUUAUAUUGGGAGAGCUAUUACUACGAUUUGUUUGUUGUUGUCGUUGGAACUCCCCUCCUUUCAGACCUGAGUCUCUGGCAGCUUUUGAGGGGGGCAUCCCCUGAGAAGCUCGGUUUUUGGUUCGGAAUCGUUGUGGCGCUUUUUCGUACCAAAUGUACCAUAGUGUUGGGGCUCACUUUUAGAACAGGAAGACGUGUGUCGUUACGGGUUGGGUGGAUCCGGGGAGCGCGUCGGGGUGUGCGCGCGGUUGCCAAGGUUAGCGCUGUCGGCGUCUGGAUGUGUUCACCUCCAAUGCCCUCCAUUAGAGAGGAGGCGUGUAACGGCGCGUAGGCACUGAAGCGCAUCCGACGAAGAUCGUGCCUUUGAAUUUUUCUCGAGAAAGGUCGGUCGUACACGCUGUACACGCGCUGUUGUUGUAUGGUGUGCGGGUUAUGUGCCUGCCUACGAUUUUUUUUUUUUUUAUUGCGUUCUGCCCCUUCCAGGCUGCUCCUCUUCCACCAGUCGUGGCGGCUUGUGGACCUAAGAUAGGUGCCACGAAGUUCAUAGUCUGGGGGGGUUUGCUGAAGAAAGUGUGCAAUUGUCGGGCGUGCCUGCUACGGUUUGGUGUGGGGGGGUGUACUACGAAUGGGGCCAGAACGGCUGUGCCUGGUCUGUUGAAUGCGCACGUUGACUGUGGGUGUGCCGACGGCGUUUUUCCGAAACGAAGCGUUUUUUCUUUUGUUAAGCGGUACGUUCAUUUGGUGUUGAGAGUCGACACCCCCGCCGCUCGCUGUGCUUCACAAGGCCGAGUCGUGCGUGGGUGCUGAUGGCACGAAGAUUGAACGAAAACAAUAAUGUGCAUCAUU